AUGAAAUUUUCACAUCGUUAUACUUUCUUUCUUUCUGCUAUUUUUCUUUCUUGCCUUAUGUUACUAAUCCUUUCUUUCUUUCUUUCUUUAUUUCUUUCUUUCUUUCUUUCUUUCUUUCUUUCUUUCUAUCAUUCUUUGUUUCUGUUACUUUUCCCUCCAGUCUUCAUUACUCUCUGUAUUUCUUUUCAUUACUCUUUCUUUCCUUGUUUAUUUCUGUUUUUGCUUUCCUUACAUUACAUUUUUUCUUUCCUUUUUUCUUUCUUUUUUUUUUUUUGCUCUUUAUUUUCUUUCUUUCAUUCUUUCUUAAAUAUCUUCUUUCUUUUCUUCCAUUAUUCUUCCUUCCUUUCUGGUUUUCUUUUUUUCUUUCUUGCAUUCCAUUACUAUUUAUUAUUCUUCAUCCUGUCUUUCCGUUACUUUCUCUUUCUUUCUUUUUUCUUUCUUUCUUUCUUUUUUUAUUCCAUUGCUCUUUGUUUUCUUUCUUUUGUCUCCCUUUUCUUCUCUCCAUCAAACUGCAUUAAUUUCUUCCUUUCUAAUUUUCUAUCUUUCUAUUACUCUUUCUUUCUUUCUUUCUUUCUUUCUUUCUUCUUUUCUUUCUUUCUUUCUUUCCAUUACUCUUUCUUUUUGAUAUUUUCUUUCUUUCCAUUACUCUUUCUUUUUUCUUUCUUCUUUCCUUCCUUUCUUUAUUUCAUUCUUUCUUUCUAUUAA